GCUCGCCCGGAGCCAUGGAGUCCCAGGUCCGCCAGAACUACCACCGCGACUGCGAAGGCGCCGUCAACCGCAUGGUCAACAUGGAACUGUACGCCAGCUACGUCUAUCUCUCCAUGUCUUCCUACUUCGACCGGGAUGACGUUGCGUUGCGGCAUGUCGCCGAGUUCUUCCGGUCGCAGUCGCAUGAAGAGCGGGAACACGCCGACAAGCUGCUUCGGUUCCAGAGCCAGCGUGGCGGCCGUGUCCUCCUACAAGAUCUCAAGAAGCCAGAACGGGAUGCCUGGGGCACAACCCUUGAGGCGAUGGAGGCAGCCCUUCAGCUGGAAAAAAGUGUGAACCAGGCCCUCCUGGAACUGCACCGCCUGGCAAGCGACCAGAACGACCCCCACCUCUGUGACUUCCUGGAGACGCACUACCUCGAUGAACAAGUCAAAGCUAUCAAGGUCCUGGGUGACUACAUCACCAACCUCCGGCGGCUGGGAGCAUCCCAGGGGGGGCUUGGAGAGUAUCUCUUUGACAAGCACAGCCUAGGAAAGAGCAGCAGCUGAGUGUGGCGUGGCGCCCCCCCUCCACAUUCCUGGGAUCACCGCCUCCGUGAACCCACAGUACAUACCCACCACCAUCACAAUUGCCGUGCCCCAGUCAAGGGGGUUGCACCUGCCAACUCUCGAUUGGCAUGCUUCCAAUAAACAAGGGUUCACCAGUUUAAA